AUGAACCUGCUCCACGUCGUGCAGACGUCGUACGAACCGUCUACGUACAUCACGGAAGGCUGUCUGUGCAACGGCAGCUCCUCUUUGGCGCUGUCCCUCUCUACCCAGAACAUCCGCCUCUACGACGCGCAAAUGGCUACACAUUUGGCGGAUAUCAAGGAUCACACGCAGCCGAUCCAAGACCUUGUGACUACUCCUGCUCAACCUAGUAUGCUCUACUCUUGCCAGCGCGACUGCGGGGUUAUGGUGACAGACCUUCGUCAGGUACGAGCCGUGCACUUUUUGUCUGACAUGUGCCGUAGCGGUGCGGUGUGCAGUAGCAUUGGUGUCACUCCAUCCGCGCCGCUGCUCGCCAUCGCGGCAGACCGCGACAUCCACCUGGUCGACACGCGGACCUGGUGCUCCGUGAAGUGCCUAGAGCAGCUGCACGUAGAUGAGGUCUCACGUUUGCGCUUUCUUAACGACAGCAUCCUCUGCUCCGCUGGCGAAGAUCAGAUGAUCAACUUCCUUUCAGUAGAAGAGAGGGUGAUGGACGAUGAUGUGUUGCUGCAGGCAGUGAGCUGUGGCGAGGUGGUCACCAAGAUGAACUGCUUCUCCGAGCUUGGCGUGACGGCGAUAGUGGGAAGCUGCGAGAAUGGCUAUCUCUUUCCGUACGACCUGGAGCAGCGAGAGACGCGUUACAGUCGGCCGAGCUUCGAGACGUACCUUGUCGACUGGUGCCUGGUGUCCGGCCAACUGCAUCUUGUCUCCGGCGUGCGAGACGACAACGGCGACGCCGGACCACUGCAGGUGCUGAACGGGGUGACUGGACAGACGCAGGUCCUGCCCAAGGUGCACAAGGAGCUCAGCCGUGUCGCCAUCGGCCUCGGAGACCGCCUCAUCACCGGCGGUGAGGAUGGCGUGUUGGCGUACUGGAGGCACGGAGACUUGCAGCCGUCCGAGAUCGCCACAGUUGUCUGGCCCAGCGCACGUCACACGGGUGGCGGGAAGGCUGCUGCGAGCAGUCGAGAGCUCGAAGGGCACGUUCGUGGCGGGCACGGUGGCGGUGGCCGUCGAGGCAGUGGAGGCCCUCGCCGAGGUGGCCACGGCCGGCCCUACUGA